AUGCCUGGAGCUGAAUUUAUUCGAGUAACUGCAAGGGUGCGUCCAUCGGCUUCUUCUAGAGCCCAGGAGAGAAUAACUAACGUACUCGAUGACAAGAAUCUAUGCUUCGAUCCACGUAAUCCAAGAAACUUCACAUUUGAUGCUGUUUUCAACGAAACUGUCACUCAGGAAGAAGUUUUUGAAAGAGUGGCCGGUCACAUCAUCGACGGUUGUGUAAAUGGUUUUAACGGAACGAUAUUCGCAUAUGGACAAACUGGCUCUGGAAAGACACACACGAUGCUGGGGCCCUCUCAAAUCGAGAACUUUCUCCUGAGUCCUGAGCAUAGGGGACUCAUUCCUAGGGCAUGUGACGCGCUCUUCACGAAGCUGUGUACUAAGGCGGCCGAGAGCGACAACUUCAAAUACGAAGUCGUAUGUCGGUUUGUGGAGCUUUACAACGAAGAAUUCUACGAUCUCCUCAGUAGUUCACAACAAAAGCUGUCAAUCCGGAGCGAUUCAAAUGUUGUUCAACUACUUGGUGUAACUGAGCACUCAGUGCAAUCAGGAGUCGACCUAAUGAGGAUAUUGGAAGUCGGGUGGGACGCACGGAGAACAGCAGAAACGGCCAUGAAUCGGGAAUCCUCAAGGUCGCAUGCCAUUUUUAUUAUUGAUGUGAAAACUGAGAAGCUGGUCAAUACCAUUGUAAUUAAGAAGUGUGCCACGUUGAAUUUAGUUGACCUGGCAGGUUCAGAGAGGCAAUCGCAUGCAAAAACUGUUGGAGAACGAUUCAAAGAGGCUAUAAAUAUCAAUUUGUCGCUUAGUGUGUUGGGUCGCGUAAUCAGAACGCUGUCCACAGUACAUAGACGUGACGAGUUCGUGCCAUAUCGCGAUUCUAAGCUGACUCACAUUUUGCGAGAUUCCCUCGGAGGAAAUAGCAGGACAGCAGUGAUUGUUAAUCUUCAUCCCGACAUUGAAGCAGAAGAGUUGGUACUGAAUGCAAGACUCCAGCUCAACUAAAAAAGGAAAGGCGAAUGACAAUGUUUACACCACCAAGAAAUCAGCCCAACAGAAAAUCUCGAGCUUUCAAGCCUGUUCUUUUCGAUGACAGUGAUGAAGACGAAAUGCCGGAGCAGCUGAAUAUCGAACAAGACCCAGACAUGGUUGAGGAACGAGAGUUACUUCGCUUGGAAAUGGAGAACAAUAGACUGACACAGCUCGUUAGUGAUAAAGAAGCCAAGAUCAAUGAGAUCUAUGACGCUCAAAAGAUCCAAGCACAGCAGUGGAUAGAGGAGCGGAUGCAAUUGCUUGAAAGUGAAUCGUCGUUAAAGUCCGAAGUCGAGCGCCUUGAGUUCGAAAAAUCGCAGAUGGCUGAAAAUCUGGAACAAGCUCAUCAGCGAAUCGAUUUGCUGAGCACAAAAAUUUCUACCUUCAAUGAUGAAAGGUGCUGUCUGCAGCAAGAAAUCGACAAAAUGCGAGCAGAAAAAUUCGAUCUCGAAGACCUGUUGCAAGGAGUUCAAAACGAACAGGAGCACCUUUUAACUGAACUAAGGAGCAUAAGAGAUGCGGAGUUGUCGAAAGCUGAUUUGGAAGCACGCCUUUCCGAGGAGCAGGUCAGGCACAAUUCACUCAAGGAACUGCUUGAAGUGAAGACAAAAGAGGCAAAUGAAGCAACUGCGCUCCUUCAACAAACUGGGCAAGAAUAUAGAGCGGUAGAACUUGAGAACGAUGAGUUAAAGAGAACAUUGGAACUGGAAAGGGAAAGAAAUUCGAAACGUGAACACGAUCUCAUCGAGGAAUUCAGCGAAGUGA